AUGGAACAAGCCAAAUCUGCAACAAUAAAGGUGUUUAGACAGUUCCCAAAAGAACUCUUCCGCCUGAACAAUGGGUGGCAAGUCCUCCUGCGUCCGCGGACUAAACGCUCCUCAGGGCAUGAGAUCACCACCAAGCCAAAAGACCUUCACGACCUCCCGGACAGCAAGCCUCGCGUAGAGCCGAAAGCCUUGGACCCGGAAACUUACAGUGGCCCAAAUGGCGCCGCAAUGUUCCCGAACACAACUCAUCUACAGUAUUGUGUACUAGGGUUUCUCCGCAAAAGAAAUCCCGUCAUAUACAAAAUUCAAGAAGGUACAAAGCUGCCAGAAGAACUCCUCUUAGUCCGCGAGACACCAGAUGGACGGAACUGGUCGCUGCAACCAGCACAAGAGAUGACUCUUGAAAAUUUAAAUCUCAAAAUCACACAGUUCCUAAGGGACAAUGGGGCAGUGAUGAACCGGCAGCAGUUCCUGAAAGUGUAUCCCAAAGCUACUGACCCACGAUCGCCUCUGCAUCCCCUUCCGAAAAACUGGAAGGUGAAAAGGUAA